CUCAGACUGGCUAAGCCGCCUAGCCCAGCGCAGCGACUUCUGGAGUCCUCCAAGCCAGCGCACGUGCUGUGCACCAAAAAUGGCCGAGGAAGGCAGGCACAUCGCCGCCGGUGACCCCAUCCGGCCGCCGCGGCUGGAGGAUGCGGGCCUGGAGGACUGCGCGCUCCCGCCGGAAUCCAUCGCCGAGGCUUUCUCCCUUGCGGCGUUGGCCGUCUCCUCCCGCCUCCCCCACCUCUCCCUCUCCGACGACGAGGACGAGGACGAGGGAGAUGACCCCCUCGCGCCUCGUGGAGGCUGCGUGGAGGACGCGGGACCCACCCGAGGGGCCAUUCCCAACGCCCUUGUUGGCGCAGGGGGCGGCAGCGAGGGCGGCGCCGACGAGGUCGUGGUCGUCGGCGGCGGUGGCGGAGGAGGCAGCGACGAGGUGGUAGUCGUCGGGCGCGGAGACGAGGAAGAUAGGGUUGUUGUGGUCGGAGAAGAGCUGGGGCAGGAGAAGCGUUGCGGCAAGGGAACCAGAGAAGGAGAGCGCCGGAAGGAGGAGGAGGAGGAGGAGGAGACGGUGGAGAAGGCCAUCUUGCUGGAAGAUUUCGCGUGAGCUUUGUGAGCUUUUCCUUUAGCCUGAUAAGAUAUUUCCCUAGUACUUUCUUGUUUGUUUGACUUGUAAUGUAGUGAAUCUCCCUAUGAGCAAGGCAAGAGUGAAUUUAUCUCAGAUGUAGUGUUUAAUUUUAAGAUCAUUACUAAUGUGGUGGUUGAUUUUAAGAUCAGAUGACAGUAUGUUAGUCUCUAGUGGCAAGCUAGUUAGCAUCAAUGGUAUUCGAUUUAGUGCA